AUGCGCCGUGGCACCACCGAGGCUGCCGCCCCCCUCCGGCGGGAGUGUGGGCAAGCGGCGGCGCAUGCGCAGUGCGGUAAAACCGCUCCUCUGCCCCCCAGCGCCUCAGGCUCGGAGGCAGAUGCCGAGUUUGCCGAAGGGGCGUCCCUGCCGGACCUGGACCUGCUGCACGACCCCGAGGAUGAGCUGCUCUGCGCCAACCUGAUGGACGUGGUCCAGGCCACGCUGGGCAGGGCCCCGCUGGGCGCCAAGCGCUGCUCCCGGCUCCUCAUGCCGGCCCAGCUCCUGGCGCAGGUGAGGACGGAGCUGCUGCGCCUGGCCUGCAGCGAGCCCUGCGGCCUGCGCGGGGCCCUCCUUGACCUCUGCGUGGAGCACGGCAAGGCCUGCCACGACGUGGGGCACAUCGCCGUGGACCCUGCCGUGGUGCCCACCUUCCAGCUCACCCUGGUGCUCCGGCUGGACUCCCGCCUCUGGCCCAAGAUCCAGGGACUCUUCACCUCGGGGCCAGCUUUCACGCCGCUCAAGCUCAGCACGGGCUUCAGGGUCAUCAAGAAGAAGCUGUACAGCUCCGAGCAGCUGCUCAUAGAGGAGUGCUGACGGCCGCGCCGGGGCAGCCACUGACCGAAGGGCUUUGGAAGAGCCGCUCAGAGCGCGGCGGCUCCCAGCGGCCGCUGUAGUUUAGGUUAGGCUGGAGUAGGGCUGUAGGUGGAAGUAGUUUGGGCAGGUGGAGGUCCCCGCGGGGCACCUGCCUGUGCCGGGGUGUCCCUGGAGCAGACGGGGCCCCGGGCAGAGGUCGCUUCACACUGUCGAUGAUUGAUUGUGGGAUGACUGCGACGACCGCGCUCCGGGACGCGGCAGCGGGGCUGCUGGGGGGCAGAUGGUCUCCUCCUGUUGGUUGGUUAAUCAUGUUGGUUUUGUACCAAGCAUUGUAAUCAAUGGGGUUUUGGGGGGAGGGCGUGUGUGGGAGCGAUGGAUGGGCUGUAGGGCUGGAUCAAAGACAAAACCCCACCCUUGGCACCUGGGUGGCUCUGGGUGGGCUGCCAGCAUGGGGGGGGUGUGUGUGUGUGUCUGGAAUAAUGUUGUGUCUUUGAUCACGAGAGGGGAGAGUGGUGUGAGAGGGACGUGUGAGGUGACACGGGGAUGGAGGGCAGGACCCCUCAGCUGACACACCGUGGGCGCUUCAUUGGUUACAGUUUACACUCAUACACUUGAUGUUCAAGUGCAAGACUUCCUAUGCAAUCGUGUCGGGGUGGUUUUUUUUACUUUUCUAAUAAAACUUGUCUUAAUUAAUAA